GAAAAAUUCAAGAUUUGUUGUUAUUUUAACUAACUUUUUAAAAAGAAGAGUGAACUAAUAAUGGCUCUAUGAAUGAUAUAUUUUCAUCACCCACCUCAUGUUUCAUCAGAUUUGUUUUUCUUAUGAAGCAUUAAUAAUUUAGUUCUUGUAAAGAAAGUGUAAGUUGUUUAAUGAAAUAUUAGCCAAACGUUUUAAGUUAGACUAUUGAGAUCUAUUGCCAUUGCAAUUAUUUGUGAUAUAAUAAUUAUAUUUGUUUGAGUCUGAAUUAUGAUCUGAUAUUAUAUUAUUAUUAUAUUUUAUAUAUUGAAUCAUGGGGAGGAAAGAAUUUGAGUUAACUGACUUUUUUUUUUUACUAUUUACAAUUUACACUUUGACUUGAGUUGACGACUUUGUAAACUUUGUCCCUGUGUUAAGUCUGUGUUAACUUUGUUAUUUUUUUAAAUUUGUUUUUUAGGCUAACUUGGAGAGAUAGCACCUUGACGUCAUUUGCCUGUUUUGUCCCUGAUUCCAAUAAGGUCAAAACCCUGGUUCCGAUAACGCCCUAACCCUGGUUCUGAUAGGGUCAAAACCAAGGUUAGGGGGUAAAUUUUGAGAGAUAGGCCCGCAUAAAUUUCCAUGGCCCCCAUCUUGGUUACCGCGACCAGCGAACUUUUACGUGUUGACAGGUCGAGGCAAACAAGAUGGUGGCCUUAAAAAAAUAAAAUAACUCACGUUUGCUAAAAUUAGGUAGAAAACGUUAAAAAUUAAUGAAAAAAAAAUGUGCUAAAUCGAUCCCAAAACUUUACCUGAACCCUAAAUCGAUCCCUAAACCUAACCUGAACACUAAAUCCAUCCCUAAACCUAAUAUGAACCCUAAAACUAGCCCUAAAGCCACAAGUAAAAACACGUGGAAUUUACACACUGUGGCAAGAAAACAAUGAAAAAUGAACAUAAACAAUGAAAAAGGGCCAAAAAUAAUUAUAAAAUAAAGAAAUAAUGAAAACCCAACUUACAGUUUCAUGAAAUACACUUUUACACCCUUUAUUUCAGGUUCCACCGAAAAUAAUAUCCACAAAAUGAAUAAAUCACAAGACCCCACAUGUGCCCCUAAUAUAUCAAAUAUAAUAUGGCGGGACAAAUAAAAUAUGACAAUAAGCUAACCAAUGAAAAUUUAAAAUUAUAAUUAAUCAACCAAUAAAAAUUUAAUUAAAACAUGCCAUCGUGAUAUUUAGGAAAAUGUAACUCUUUUAACAAAAAAUAAGGGGAGUGAAUCCAAAACAAAACAAGCAAAUGACAUCAGAGCCCUAUCUCUCCAAAUUAGCCGGUUAGGGAUAAGUUUAGAGUUCCGGUUAGGUUUAGGGAUACCUUUAGGACAUACGUCUGCGGGUCACGGCAACCAAGAUGGCGGCCAUGACGCUAUCUCUCCAAAUUUACCGUUUUUUACCGUGGCCUUUAAUUUUAGUCUUUAGACCAGGGGUCUCAGACUCAAAUCAGCGGGGGGCGCAGGAGGCAGAGUCUGGGUGAGACUGGGCCGCAUCAAGUAUUCCACAAAAAAGCGAUUAAAAAUUCAAUAAAGUAAAACUGUUACAAUCUGCUCAACCUUUAGUAAUAACAAAAACUUUAAGGAUUCUCAAGAACUAGGCUUCACUUUCUUCCUCCUACUGCCUGUUGCCAGAGACCUGACAGCGCAAGUGACCAAGCUGACAGUUUUGGAAUUUCCCUCGCUCGUAAACAUUAGCAGCAAUUUAAUAGUCAUUCUUUGAAACUGUUUCAGAUUGCUACGAUUUACACAAUUAUGGUUGUGCAUUUACGCACUAACUGACAAAUGGCCCGCGGGCCGCGAGAUUGAGACCCCUGGUUUAGACAGAAUAAUAUAUUUGCAGCUAGAAUAAAUAUAAGAACAUAACUUAUGUAUUAAAUAAUUACUAACUUAAUUAGUCUAAUAUUAAUAAUUAAGUUUUUGAGGAUGCAUGUUAAUUUUAGUAAUUAUUUUUAGUAUUAUUAAUGUUUCAAUGAUACUGAUAGUAUCCAUUUGUUAGUAAAUGAAAGAAAGAAAUUACUAACACUAACUAAUAGUACUAACACACUAACAGAAAUAAAAAAAAAAGAAAUCAGCCUUAAACAUGGCAUACUUAAAGAAGCGGUAGUCAGAAACUACUCAAAAGUAAAAAAACUUUCAAGAAAAACAAAGAAAACUAAACCCGUAUAUAAAAUUAUAAUCGGACCAGUUAAGCAAGUAAAACAUUGAACCUAAUGCAAAUGGCAGAAAAUCUUUUAAAAUUAAACACAUGGGAGAGAAAAGUUCUCCAGAAAAUAUAUGGACCAACAAAGGAUGAAUAUGGAUUGAGAAUACGAACCAACCAGGAAUUGUAUAGUCUAUCAGGAUCCUACACUUGUGGCAGAAAUAAAAAAGGGCAGGCUAUGCUAGGUGGGACACUUUUUGACUUAGAAAGAAUGACAAAGGCAUGAAGAGUGUGCACCAAAAAAAGAACCCAGAGGAAUAAAUUUUGUAUUACUAUGAUUAACACUUUGAGUAUUAAAUUACACAUGUCACAUGUGACAUAGAUUAUUAAGUAUCAGGCCUUCUAAUCUGUAAGCCUUCAUAAAUGAGUGCUUUAAAGUAAUAUCCUUAUCUUAUUAUUUAUCAUUAAACUAAACAAAAAUUUCUGAUAUGCAGCUGAACUUUAGGAUUAGGCACAGCAAAUAACAAGUUGGUUGCCUGACCGAAUAACUCAAGUCAAAUUGACUUGUAACAUUAAAUCUUUGACUAAGGAUUUGUUUUUUUCUCUGAAUUUGUACUGAAUUAAAUUUUGCUGCUUAAAAAAAUAUUGGCACGCACAGGAAAAAAUAACCUGAACUAAAAUCCAAAUAGCAUUGAUAUUGAUAUCAGUGGAAGGGAAUCUUAUAUAAAACAUGACUAAUAUGACAUAAAUUUUGUAAAAUAUUAAUUAGCUGUCAGUCUUGGCACAGUAGAGCAAGGAGUUAAAAAAUUAGCCUUUUUAAUAUUAAUAAUCCUUUUACUUUCUUUUCAGAGUUUUAAUGAUUCUUCUUGAGUAAUAUUACAAAGAAUAUGGCUGCAGACCUUCUUGGCAUGGCGUUCCUGCCUUACUAUAACCAUCUCAUGGAUCUAUUAAAAACCAACCCUGAGCUCCAUAAAACUGGAAAAGGUUUGGAACACAUUUUGAAUUUAUUCACAUCUUUUAAUCUGUAGGAGUAGGAAAUAAUUUUCCUUAAAAUUUAACUUUUAGUAUUUUAUCUGUAGGUAUAUUCAAGCAAGUUGCCUGGGGAGCAGCAGGCACAAUAGCAGGAGGUGCAGUAGGAGGUCCAGUUGGUGCAAUGAUAGGAGGUUUAGCGGGUAUGCCUUUUCUUCCAAUAUCAUCAUUUUUUAAAGGAAUUAUAAGUUGAUAAAAUGUACCAUAAUAUUGUUAGACUCUUUUUAUUCAUACUUUCUACUUUAUUUUACAUUCAAAAUAUUUUAUUGCUAUUAUUUAGGCUCCUUGAUGGGCUACAGAAUGAGUGAUGAUUACCAGUCAUUGAUUGAUGUAAUGCAGGAUCUAACAGAUGAAGAUAAAGCAGAGCUAGUAAAGAAGGUUCAGGAACUUGUUGGUGCUACAUCAAUAGAAGCUCUCACAAGAUUCAUUGGAGCCCAAGCUCAGAGGUCUGCAUUGCUUAACUUACUGAGAUCAGCAGCAUCAGAGCUUUCAAAGGGAGCCUAAUCUAUGAUGGCUUUUAAAAAGAAAUGAGUCAGCUUUCAUUAUAAAAUUAAUGCCAACAACAUUUAAAUUAAAUGUUAAGAAAGUUGAAAAAUACUUUAACCUUAUUUGUCUAAUUGAAUUACAGAGCUAACAUUAAAGGGUUCAAGCAACAGUUGAUAUCUUCAACACAUGUGUUAAAUAUCGAUAAGGGAACAAUAUUUAUAAGUGCAUCAUCUGGUUUGUUUAUGCUCAUGUUAUCCAAAUUCUUUCCAAUUAUAUAUUUUUCAGAACUCUCUCUGUAUUUUUAAUAAUUAGAUUUUCAGAACUCUCUAAAUAUUUUUAAUGAUUAGUUCGAUAACCUGUGAGAAAGUAACAAAAUGCAGUUACACAAAUUUUAAUUGUUUCCUGUUACCGGUAUUUUUUUAUUUGGCAUACAGAACCAUGAAAGUUUAAUGGAUUUUUUAUUCUGUGCACUGAUGCAUUUGUAAAAGCAGGUUUUUUCUUUGCUGAAACUCUUUUAUUUAUGGAUUUUUUUUCACCUCUCCUAAAAAAGGUGAAUAGGCAAAAUAUGUAACUUUCACCUUUUAUAUGAUUUGAUGUGACUUUUAUAAUGUAACAAAGAUAAUGAGAUCAUUCAAGGUGCUUCAACUGCUUUCAUUUAGGAUAAUAAAAUGUUGUUUCAAAUCAUGCCACUAUUUUUCUACUCCAAUUAAAUGUACCGGUAAAACAUAUCAACCUUGUUAGAGCUUGAAUAUGUUUUUUGUUUCAAUGCCUGUAUAGUUAUUGUAUGCCUGUAUAGUUAUUGUAAUGCAAAUUCAUCAUGUGCGCUUAUCUGAAUUAGCCAUUUUGAAAUUUAUGAUUGAUGUUUUUAGAUAUUUUUUUAUGUAACGUAAAUCCUUUAUUCAGUAAUAUGUUUCUGUGAUUUAUUUCUUAAUUGCAGGUAAAUAAGAUUAACAUCUGGCUUUGGUCUUCAAAUGUUACACCUGUUAUUCUCAGCCAAAAAACUCAAUGUUUUCAUAACAAUUGAGCUACUCAUGUACUGUAGGCAUGAAAUUUCUUAUGUCUUGGCUUUUAUAAAAUAUUAGUUUUCAUAUUUAGGCAAUCUAUGAUUUAGGAUCUCUAAAAAUAUGCUUAUUAACCUUUUCCGCUGCAAAAUAUUGUAUACCCUGUCUCUCGUGACUGGGUGUAGCACAUCCAUACACUUAUUAUGGAUAAUAAUGGAAAAAAGGGCUUCUGGCGAUUCCUGGCAACCCAUAGUCUUAUAUCACAGUAAAUGGUUCUCUUUAUGUUAUUUUCUUUUUUUACAACGUGGCAUGAUUUAGCUGCCUUGAAACCGAACUCCCUUCACAGAUUGCUUAGUUUCUCACAUUUGUUCUGUACAUUAAAGAAAAAUGAUACAAACAGUACCGUAGCUGACUGCACCAACAAGGAAAGUGAGAAAGUAAUAGAAAACAAAAGGCAAGGGACUGUAGAAAACCAAAGGCAACGGACUGAUGCGAUCGAAAUGAAAGCUUUUAUUGGCUGUUUACUACACACUGGCGCUCUUCACCUGAACAGGAUUUCAGUGGAACUUUUAUUCAGCCCUGUUGAUGGAAAUCCUAUUUUUAGGGUAGCACUUUCAAUGAAGAGAUUCACCUAGUUUCUUAUUCAUAUUGGCUUUGACAACAAGGAUACUAGAUCAAUCAUUUCUGGCUCAUGACAUCUUUGCUCCCAUAAGAGAUGUAUGAGAAACAUUCCUGAGUAAUUUGGCAAGGUACUUUGUUCCUGGACAGAACAUCACAGUAGGUGAGCAACAGGUUGGUUUCAGGUCGGUGCAGAUUUAUUCAAUAUAUUUCAAGCAAGCUUGACAAAUGUGGAAUAAAAAUCCUCUGGGCCUGUGAAUCGUCUUCAAACGCCUCUGAGAGGAUGCCCAUAUCUUGACAAAGAAAAUGAAAGUGUCCUGCCAGCAAAGAGAAAUGUUGGAAUAUCCCCAGAGACUGUGAUUUCUCUCACAAUAGACUUCCAUGGAAGUGGCCGUAAUUUCAGAACAGACUAUUAUUUCAUUCCCCUACAACUUGCAGAACCAAUGGCUAUGAACAGGCUCACUCUAGUUGGAACAGUGAAAUGGAACAAGAUGUUCCUACCCAAGGGGUUCGAGCAAAAGAAGGCUCUGCCUUACAACAUAUCAGUGAUUUUGUCAAAUAGAGAGCUCGAAACAGAAAAAUGUAUUGCUCCCGAACACAAUACACAAUCAUCCAGAUAUAGAAAGCAAAACUAAAUGCAAGAAACCAGAGAUUGUGCUCUAUAACAACAAAAUCAAAGGCGGCAUAUUCGCUAUGGACCAAAUGGCCAAGAAGUUCUCUGUGAAUAAAAAAAACAACUAAAAGUAGACGUUGGUUGUGUUUUUCAACAUUGUUGACUUGGCAUCAGUUGAAGCAAGAGUGGCCUUUGAAUAUAAAUAUCUUAUUAACUCACUGUCUCAUCAAGACAACAGACAGUCAAUAUUGGCGUUGCUCAUUUCCUCACCCGUCCGCAAGUAGAGACGAUCCAUCCCAACGCACCAAGAUAUUGUGAGGCAGAACAUCGCCAGUGUUUUGAAAUCUUUACAAACACUUCAAACAGCUGCCCAAACCACUUCAACUCAGCAAGAUUUUGAGACAUAUUUGCAAAGAACAUUCUGUUUUUUUUAAUGUAAAAAAUGAUCUAGCUGAGCUGCAAAGCCCCUAUUUUCCAUGUGUACAUGUGACUGUUUUGCUUUGAGAUGGUUUGUCAAGUUGAAUACACGCUAUUAUUGUUGGUACCUCAGUACCCUAAUCCAUUCAGAAUAUUUAUUUAUCGUCAAAAUUUAAAUCUUUUCUAUGUCAUGCAUUGCAGACUCAAAUAACAACAAACAACAACCAAACAAAAAUGUUCACAAGCCAGUUUAGAAGGUUUUCUCUUCUAUUAAAUUAUGCACGGGUGUGUUACACCCAGUUGCAAGGGACUGUAGAAAAAAAAUAAGUCACUUUCGCAUGCUUUAAACAAAUGUAUCCACCAAGGUGUUCAUUCCAACUACCUCGUGGAUUAGGUAGAGUAGGAGAAGGAUUAUUAAAAGCAGACUCAAGAUAACAGCAAUCAAAGUCUUGUCUCCGGGUGUAUUACACCCAGUUGCCAUGGAGAGGGUUAAUGACUUUGAAAUUUGGCAUAACAGCUAGUUUAGAAAGACACUUUCAGUGCCAAUGAGUACCACAUAUACUCACAUAUAGGUAGCACUUUUGUUACAGAAAUAUUUUUUUUACAAAUCAAGGGUGCUUACUGUUAUUCAGAAUGGAAAAAUCUUUUAUACCCAAAGUAAGAGAUCAUUUUCUCCCUUGCGCUCGACCAGAGGGCAAUUCUUUGCUUUUUAAUGUUUAUAGAAGAUCAUAUAUUGUAUUACCAUAUCUUUUCUGUUUUCAAGUUUUUAUGGAAACAUUUUUGUGAUGCCUGUUAACAAAUAUUAGUUAUGUUUACAUUAAAAAGCGCCACAUUUCUCCCCAAACUGAGGGUGCAAACUAUAAACUGGUGCAACCAAUAUGCAAGUAAAUAUAGUACAGCUGCCUGAAUUUUAUUAUUCUGGUCUCUUUUUUAACCUAGAUUUAUUAUGCCUUAUGUCAGGCCUGCACAACCAACGGCCCGCGGGCCGUAUCGCCAGCACCCACUUUGCAGCCUGCCAAGUAACGAAAUAUUCAGUAUUCUUAUUAUUUUCUUAAUAGCUCUUCCCUUUGUCCUAUUUUCUUUUGGCCCGCACAAGUCCUGUCAUAUUUCUUGGCCCGCACAAGUUUUCAUAAAAUAUUACGGCCCGCCUGACAUUUUGAGUUGUGCAGGCCUGCCUUAUUAUGUAAUAACUAAAGCUUUUUAAAAAAUCACAAGAUAUGUUUAUUUAAUAUAUUGCUUACCGGUCUUCUUGUGGGGUUAUUUAUAGUUUGUUCUUUUGCAUCUGUUUUUUCUAAAUUUAAAAAAAUUACAUUGUGAUGAAAAAUUUUAACUUAUCAUUUUUUUAACAUAAAUUUUACAAUAACAUCACAUGUCUUUGUACAAUCAGUUCUUAUCACAUUUAGACAAACAUACACAAAUCAUCACAAUCAUACCUUGUCAACAAAACUUAUAGACAACAGUCUGUGUGACAUCAUCAAUUUAUAAACCACUACCCUUACAACUAGCCUUCAUUUCCUACCAAAACUGCACCCACUUGAAAAAUGCAAAUAAAGGUGUUAACUUAACAUAGCAGCCUCUGGAUGAUGUUUUUCUUUAUCUAAAUCUGCUUUUAAAACUUAAACAAUAUUUUAAAAUUGAACCGUUUGUUUGACAUAUACAUAUGUAUUCCCACUCAGUUAUAUCAUUUUAUGUAUGGUACUGUCGUAGUGGACAAACUACCGAUUCCCAAACUGGUAUUUCACAUAUAGAUUGUAAUCUUAAAUCUAACUUAUAUACAGAAAUUCUAUCUCAGAGUUCUUACAGGUAUCUCCUUUGUGUGAAAUAAAACUGAUCAUGAAUUUGUGCAGAAAUAAUUUUCUAAAAGUAUGUUACGACCAGAGCAAUCUUAGUUUCAUGAGUCAAUUUUGAUGUUAACUAAUGUAAAAAUUAACUGCCUGUUAAUGUUCUUUUUUUCAAUUUAACAAAUAUAUCAAUUUUUUUAACAAUUUUAUUUAAUCGUAAGAUAAAUUAUAUAUUUAGUUUUUUUUAAAGAAAUUGUUUCCAGACCACUGGUAUGGAAGACACAUAUUAACUAGAUGGUAUAUAUGCGCACCCAAAUCCAAGUUCACAAUUAACAUAUACCGAUAAGAUGAUUAACAUGGUCAUAAUCGAUUUUGAUGGACGAGCAAGAUAUAAAUAUAUGAUUCUUAACUGAAUGUAUGAAGUUUCUAUGAAUUGCUUUACACUUCAUUGAUUCAAUGGUUGUUAAAAGAAAAAGUUUACGAUGAGGCUUUGAAAUGGGGAUGAGCAUUUAUAUUAUAUACAUGUUAAAGGAACAAGUACUUUACUUUAUUAGAUUAAAUUAAAUGACUUAUAAUCAUGCACAUAAGCCAGG